UAGAGAUAGGGUGAGAAGUUCUGCCAUCCGGGAGGAACUCAAAGUAAAGCCGCUGCUCCUUCACAUCGAGAGGAGCCAGAUGAGGUGGUUCGGGCAUCUGGUCAGGAUGCCACCCGAACGCCUCCCUAGGGAGGUGUUUAGGGCACGUCCAACCAGUAGGAGGCCACGGGGAAGACCCAGGACACGUUGGGAAGACUAUGUCUCCCGGCUGGCCUGGGAACGCCUCGGGAUCCCCCGGGAAGAGCUAGACGAAGUGGCUGGGGAGAGGGAAGUCUGGGUUUCCCUGCUUAGGCUGUUGCCCCCGGACCCGACCUCGGAUAAGCGGAAGAUGAUGGAUGGAUGGAUGGAUGGAUAGUGUUUUGUAUAUUGUACAGAAUUGCUUAUUAUUUUUAUUGGAUAGUUGUCUGUUUAUUUCAAUUGUUAGUUUUUCCUUUUUUACCUCUUAUGUCAUUUAUUUCACCCCAUAUUUGUUCCCACUACCGCACCUUAAGUUGGAGUCUUUAAUCUCGUUAUAUGCAAAUAUAAUGACAAUAAGGUUCAUUCUAUUCCAUUCUAUCUCAACGAUAGACGCUUUUGACCUCCCUCCCUCCUCAGCGACACCUGGAGUCGAACUUUUGCAGAUCGGCCCUCAGUUCAAAAAAACGUUACAUCAUCACACCCAAGAUAAUUGGGCAUACACGCACACCCCCCCACCCCCACCCCCACCCCACGCCUUCACCACCGCUUUUUCCCCUUGGGGUGAUGGUCGGAUGGCAGCGCUUCAAAGCAACAUUCCAGGGCCCCAACUCCCCGCCCCUCUGUUGCGAGUUUGUCGUGAUUAAAUGCAACGUGUUUAUGUGUGCAUUGCACGGAGGUUUUUUUCCCCCUUUAGGAGCCUAGUCUAGAUUGUAUUUUUUUACUCGUUUUCUUCCCCAGCGUUUUACCUUUUCCCAUCUUUUACGGGGCACCUCGUGGCGACCCAUCAGCGUUCCUGUUCUGUAGCCCUGUACACUGUUUUGUUUGUCUAAUCUUGAACGGGUUUGUGCUGAAAACAAAAAUUUCGUUGUACUUGUUGCAAUGACAAUAAAGACCUACCUACUUAUUAAUCGAGUCUUACAUCCUGCAGGUCAACUACUACAGUAGACUUGAAUCAUGUGUUAUGUAAGGAAGGCUCAUUGCACAAGUGAAUGACUCCCAAAAUCGGGACAGUUAUUUUUAACGCUCAACCUGUUCCUCGCAAUUUUCUUAUCUAAACAAAAGUGUUAGUUCUAGCAUAAAGUCAAUGCCGCAUAAAUUAAUAUCUCAUCGUCACCAAUCAAACAACAGCCAAGUUCUACUUGCUGCCACGCAUGAAGUAUGGGUUUUGAAGAGAUUCUACGGACCACCGGGGAAUUUGGACUUUUCCAGAAGCUUCUUCUUUUUGGAUUAACCUUUCCAAAUGUACUUCUGUCCGCUUCUUUCUGUAGUUUUCUUUUCUUCCAGUCAGAUCCGGAGCGACAUUGCAACACGGACUGGAUCCUCCGGGCUGCUCCCAACCUGACGUUGGAGGAGCAGCUGAACCUGACCGUUCCUCUGGAGCGGAACGGUUCUUUCAGCAGGUGUCACAUGUUUGUCCCGGUGGACUGGGACAUCGGAACCAUCAAGGAGCGCGGACUCAACGAGACCACGGUGUGCCGGAGUGGUUGGGUGUAUAACGACACCAUGUACCAGUCCACCAUUGUCACGGACUUUGAUCUCGUUUGUGACAGGUCUCACGUACCGACGGUUGUGAAGACGGUUUUCUUCGCUGGUAUAGUCGUCGGUUCUAUCACCUUUGGACCUCUUAUGGAAUCAUCCGGUCGCCUGAGAACCACACUGGUGUCCUCCGUCCUUCUGCUCUUGUCCACCUUCGUGUGCGGCGCCUCUCCCAACAUCCACGUCUACAUAGCGUCGCAGUUUUUCGCCGGACUCUGCAUUGCCGGUCUCAGGACCAACGCCACUCUUUUAGCUACGGAGUGGAUCGAGGUCAACAAAAGGUCCUUUGCUUCCUGUUUGUGCCAACUGUUUGCUGCAGUGGGACAAUGUGCGAUAGCUCUACUGGUCUACGUAGUCCGUGACUGGAGAACUGCACAGUACGUGUUGGGAGCAGCUUAUUCCGUCGUCACUCUCUACUUGUGGUGGAUUCCGGAGUCGGCCCGGUGGUUGUUGACUCAGGGGAAAGUUGGGGAAGCAAAGAUUUUGAUCAGGAAAGCUGCGUCCGUGAAUAAACGGGAGAUUCCGGAGAAUACUUUGGACUGCUUGUUACAGGCACACGAGGAAAAGGAAGUGGAAAGUGGAGCGAUGACAAUCAUCUUUACCACAAAAGUGCUGCUGAAAUAUUGGUUGAUAAUUUCUUUUAUCUGGUUUUCCGUCAAUAUAGCCUACUUUAGUCUUCUCCUCAAUGUGGGUGCGUUUGGCCUGAACAUCUUCCUGAAUCAAUUCCUGUUCGGGGUUUCGGAAUUACCCGCACACCUCCUCUGCAUCUGGAUUUUGGAAAAAUGGGGAAGGAAAUUGUCCCUGGUUUUAACCCUUUUCGCCAGCGGUGUUGUUUGCCUGCUAACACUUGCAUUCUCACAAGGCGAUGUGGUUGCGGUUUCCGUUUUGGUAACCACAGGGAAGUUCUUCGUCACCUGGGCUAGUUCGGUGUGCAUGGUGUACAUUCACGAGCUGUUUCCCACCACAGUCAGGCAAACUGCUGUCAGCAUGGUGUCUUUGGUCUCCAGAGUAGGCGGUCUGCUCGCCCCGCCACUCAACCUGUUGGCCUUCUAUCACUGGUCCUUACCCAUCGUGGUCUUCAGCAGCCUGGUGUUGCUCAGUGGAGCUUUUGUGAUCUUCCUUCCUGAAACCAGAAGCCAAGAACUGCCUGAUUCUUCCAAGGAGGUCCUGGGCAACGGACACCACACUCUCGCACGGAGGAACAUGGCUUUUGGGGAGAUCCUGCAGGCCAUUGGAGAAUUUGGAAUUUUCCAGAAGCUCAUACUUUUUGGACUAACUUUUCCAAAUAUGAUUUUGAAUUGUGCUCUGUGUAGUUUUCUUUUUAUCGAGUCCGAUCCGGAGCGACAUUGCGACACGGACUGGAUCCUCCGGGCUGCUCCCAACCUGACGUUGGAGGAUCAGCUGAACCUGACCGUUCCUCUGGAGCAGGACGGUUCUUUCAGCCGGUGUCGCAUGUUCCUUCCGGUGGACUGGGACAUCGGGACCAUCAGGGACCGCGGACUCAAUGAGACCACGGUGUGCCAGAACGGUUGGGUGUACUACGACACCACGUACGAGUCCACCAUUGUCUCUGACUUUGAUCUGGUGUGUGACAGGUCCAACGUACCGGCUCUGGUGAAGACAGUUUUCAUGGCUGGUUGUCUUGUUGGUUCUUUCGUCUUUGGACCUCUUGCUGAAUCAUUCGGUCGUCUGAGAACAACGCAGAUACCCGCCUUGCUCCAGAUAGCGUGCACCUUCAUGGUCGGAGCGGCUCCGGAUAUCUACGUCUACAUCGUGGCGCAGUUCCUGGUCGGGAUCGCCUGCGGCGCGUAUCGGAUGAACUCGACUGUGUUGGCUACGGAGUGGAUCGGAGUCACCAAAAGGUCCUGGGCCUCCUGUUUGAGUCAGGUUUUUGCUGCAGUCGGACAAUGUUUCAUGGCCGGACUGGUCUACGUCAUUCGGAACUGGAGAGUAGCUCAAUACGUGCUGGGAGCAGCUUACUUUCCUCUGGUCAUCUACAUGUGGUGGAUUCCAGAAUCCGCCAGGUGGUUGUUGAGUCAGGGAAGAAUUGGAGAAGCAAAGACGUUGAUCAAGGGAGUGGCCUCAAUAAAUAAACAGGAAGUCCCGGAGAAUACUCUGGACUGCAUGCUAGAAGAACAUGAGGGAAAAGAGGUCGAACGUGAAGCCAUGAAAAUGCUUUUAACCACAAGAAAGCUGCUGAUUUAUUUAAUAAUUUCGUGUUUUUUCUGGUUUUCGGCAUACUUAGGCUACAUGUGUAUUUCUCUCGGUGUCGGAACGUUUGGUUUGAACAUCUUCCUGGUUCAAACUGCGUUUGGAAUCUCCGAAAUACCCGCGCACUUUCUGUGCAUCUGGUUUUUGGAGUUGUUGGGGAGAAAAAUGUCUGGGAUUCUAACCCUCCUGGCAGGGGGCUUGCUCAGUCUCCUGACCGUGGCUUUACCUCAAGACAAUGCCGUUGCUAUUGUGGCUCUUUUAACAGCAGGGAAGUGCCUUUUGGACUGGAAUAUUUCGGUGUCCAUGGUCUACUCUCAGGAGCUGUUCCCCACUUCAGUCAGGCAAUCAGCUGUUGGGUUCUUGUCCACUAUUGGGCGAGUAGCUGGUCUCCUCUCUCCAUCAAUCAACAUGUUGGCGUUGUAUCAGUGGUUCCUACCCAACAUCGUCUUCGGCACCCUUUCGAUGCUUAGUGGAUUUCUGGGUUUCUUCCUCCCUGAAACCAGGGGCAAAGAACUGCUGGAUUCUACCAGCGAGGUUGAGGGCAACAAAAAUGGGAGUACCCUAAAAAAUGGACGGAGUGAACACGCUGGCAGAAAAUCAACACGAUUUUAGUUUGGAUCGGGAACACUGCAGGGGUCUUUUGUUGUGUGUGUCUCUGAAUUGUACAAUGUGCCGAAUAAAUAUUUUAAUUCAUA